GUGGCGAAGAAGAGCGCAUUCGAGUGACUUUCACAAGCCACACGCACGGAACCCGUUCAGUCCUCAGGGAACACUUAGCGCGAAGCUGACCCUUCCAUCGGUCGCACAGCCGAAACAGGCCAGCUGCUUGGUUAACAGAUGACAGCUGCCGUGCAAGGAGACGAUCACAGCCACGGCCGCAUUGGGCCAAUCACGGACUACCACAGCAUCAAGAACCCCUACGUUUAGCUCCCGCGAAGUGACGGCAAGCUGCCGGCUGCUGCUGUCUCGACGACAACACCAGUAAUCCCCCUAAUCACCUUCCUCCAUCUCCAGGCCUUUCCAUCCGUGCAGUUGUGUGGUUCGUACUAGCUGUGCCGUGCCGUUUCCGCCAGCCUCCCUAUUUCGGGUGCUCCCCGCCUUUACACAGCAUACCUACCCUAGAGCUAUAGCCUCGCCGCAGGCGCCCGCUCCCAUCCACGAGCUCCCGCCCGCAACAACGUCACAUCGCGCAGCUAUGGCGGACCUCUCAGGCAGCGGCGAGCUGAACCAGCCUGUCCUUAAUCUGACGCCCGACGAGAAGCGCGUGUUCCAGCACCUCUUCCAGCAGGCCGACACAGAGAAGCUCGGCGUUAUCACAGGCGAGAUUGCCGUCAAGUUCUUCGAGCGAACCAAGCUGGCCCCGGCCGUCCUGGGCGAGAUAUGGCAGAUUGCAGACACAGAGAACCGCGGGCUGCUGACCAUGGCGGGCUUCUGCCAGGUUCUGCGACUCAUCGGGCACUACCAGGCCGGCCGCGACCCGUCGCCAGAGCUGGCGUUCCGGCCUGCCCCCCUCCCUAAAUUCGAGGGCCUUAAUGUACCGGCCGCACCGCCUGCAGCGCCUCAGGGCUUCUCUCCCCAGAAUACCGGGCCAAUACAACCUCAAGUCAGCGGCCAGGGGCCCAUCCGCGUCCCUCCGCUCACGCCUGUGAAAGCCUCCGAGUACGCUGGCCUCUUCGAGAAGUCGGGCGCCGUCAGUGGCGUGCUUUCUGGUGAGAACGCAAAGGAGAUCUUCGAGAAGGCGAGGCUACCGAACGAAGUCCUGGGUCGCAUCUGGAACCUCUCGGAUACGGAACAGCGCGGAGCCCUGAACGUCAACGAGUUCAUCAUCGCGAUGCAUCUUCUCGCUUCCUACCGCACAGGAAACCUGAAGGCGCUGCCCAACACCCUGCCCCCAGGGCUAUACGAAGCUGCGUCGCGCAGGGGCGGUUUGCCUCCGCCUCCGGGUCGCCCGGAUCAAGCCUCCAUCCCACGUCAGUUCAGCGGCCAACAGAAUGUGCCAAGGACAGCGAGUCCCCUCAGACAACCACCAUUCGGCCCACCGCCACCGGUGCAACAGACUAGUAAUGACUGGGUCAUUGGCGCGCAGGAAAAGGCUUCAUAUGACAACCUGUUCAAGGGAGUGGACACAAUGAGUCGCGGAUUCAUCACAGGAGAGCAAGCAGUGCGCUUUUUCAGCGAUUCUGGAUUGCCAGAGGACAUCCUCGCGGGCAUCUGGGAUCUUGCAGACAUCAAUUCUGAAGGACAACUGUCGCGGGACGAGUUUGCCGUCGCCAUGUACCUCAUUCGACAGCAGCGAAAGGGCGAUCCGCUGCCUCAGACGCUACCCUCGAACCUCAUUCCCCCGGGUCUACGAACACGGGCGAACCAACAAGCCCCCGCUGUCGCGCCUCUUCCACCACCAUCCAAGUCAGCUACCGAGGAUCUCUUUGGCUUGGAUGCCUUCUCUGCUCCCGAGCCUACAUCGCCACAACGAGUCAUGGACACUGGCGGCUCUGCUGCGUUUGGCAAACCGUUCGACAAUGACCCGUUCGCGAGCAAGGCUGCGUCCCCAACAUCUCCUGGGCCAUUCCAGCCGCAACCACGCAACCCUGCCUCGACAUUCAAGCCUUUCUUACCUACCUCUUCCUUUGGCCAAACACUUACGACUCAAUCGACUGGUCAAUCCGGGACCUCACAAAGAAACCAGCCAUCGGCAAUGGAUGACCUUCUGGGUGGCGAGAGUGAUCCUGAGAUCAACAAGAAGCUUACUCAGGAUUCCACUGAGCUGGCUAACAUGUCCAACCAGAUGACCACACUGAGGAACCAGAUGCAGGAGGUGCAGAACAAGAAGGAGGCUACUCAGAGCGACCUCAACAGCGUGACCAACCAACGUCGAGAGCUCGAGGUUCGUUUGACGCAGUUCAAGACAACUUACGAGCAAGAGGUCAAGGCUGUUAAGGCCCUUGAAGACCGCCUUGCGGCUUCGCGCAACGAAACACGCAAGUUACAAACAGAUAUUGCUAUGAUUGAAGGCACUUACCAGGACCUCCAAACUCAGCAUCGCCAAGUCGGAGGCGCUCUCGAGGCCGAUCAGCGUGAGAACGCCAACCUCAAGGAACGCAUUCGUCAACUCAAUGCUGAAAUCGCUCAACUGCGUCCCCAACUGGAGAAGAUGAGGACCGACGCACGACAGCAGAAGGGAAUGGUGUCGAUCAAUAAGAAGCAGUUGGCUACUAACGAGGGUGAACGUGACAAGCUCAAGAGCGAGGCCAACGACCUAAGCAGAGCUGCCGAUGAACUUACAAGGAGUCCACAGCAGCAGUCGACGCCAGCAGUCGCCAGCCCUGCCGCAUCCGUAACCAGCCAGUCUACCAAUCCAUUCUUCCGCAAGUCGCCUGCCCCAGCUUCAGAGAAGGCCAUGUCGCCAUCUGGCUUUGGCCAGGGACCGCAUAGGGAUUUCGACAGCGUCUUCGGCUCCUUCGCCCCAGCACAAAACACUCCACCCCCCGUCUCUUUCCGUGCUGACAGCCAGAGCAAUGUGCCCAACUUCUCUGCUCCGUCUGGGCAGUCUGUUCGCUCCUCGGAUGGCCCUGAUGUUCCCACUCCUUCCACUUCUCCGCCUCUCUCAUCCUACCAGGAGUCACCUCGUGGUGUAGAACCACCAGCUGCCCCCGAGUCACGCCAGUUCACCUCGUCUUUCCUGCCUCUCAGACAGGACAUUCCCCGAUCGGACUCCUUCAGCUCGUCUGUCAAGGUCUCAGCGCCUGCUAGCAGAUACGGUGUACCAGGUCAGGAAACACCUACUGUUUCGAAAGCCUCGCCUGCUGGUACUCCUGUGCCUGAGAAGGCUACCUUGGAGCGCAGUGAGACGAAUCGCACAGAUACUGAGAGGUUCACGUUGGCCCAGCCGUUCUCUUUUGAUCGCAACUUCUCCACAGCAUCACCCGUUGCCAGCGUGACCAGUGACACUCAACGUUCUACACGAGCCGAGCCUCAACGCCAAGAUACCUUCUCCAGCUUUGGUGUUGCUUCUGCUGGAUUGCAAGACAUACCCGGAGCUUUCCCUCGUGACAAUGCCACACCCCUUCAGCAGAAUCCCACUGGAGACAGCAGCUUCAGCAAUCAGAGCAAGAACACCAACCGUGCUGAUCCUUUUGGUAGCACUACCAGCGAAACCUCUCGUGGUGGUGGUAAGGUCGAUUUCGACUCCGCCUUUGCCGGUUUUGGAUCGACCCGCCCGUCUAAUCCCGGUACCAAUGGCUCAACAAACGACUCAAGCAAGUUCAAUAAGGAGUUUCCACCUAUCGAGGAUCUGACUCAUGAUGAUGAGAGCGACAGCGACAACGGAGGCUUCGACGACAACUUCACCGCGACAUCUCCGCAACAGAAACGUAGCAGCACUGGUCAGCAAGCCUCGCAGCCGCAGACACAGCAACAGCGCCCAGGUACCGCAUCGACAGACGAGCUUUAUCGAUCACCCCCACCACCAACUACUCGACUUGACUCAAACCUCGGUGGUCUGCCUUCUGCGGAUGCACAGAAAUCGCCUCCAGCCUAUGAGUCGACAGUUGGUCAACGCAGUGGCUCGAACCAGUUCCCUCCCGAAUUUGGCGGCUUGUUGCCCUCGCGCGACAUCCCGAACUCACCUACUACUUCGCAGUCGCCUGACAAGUCCUUCAGCCCAGCUGGUGGUCAUGGCGCAGCCCUGUUCGGUGGCCCAUCCUCGAAGCCAACAACGACAUCGCCCCCUCCGAAUGACACGCCGUCAUCAACUGUCCCGUCUGAUGCUUACCACUCCGCUAUGUCGCAUGGCACUAGUGAAAACGCCUCGCAGGCUACGAACCAACCCCAGCUACAGAGGUCUGCCUUCAACGACGACUUCGAUGCUGGAUUCGACGAUUUGACCGAUGCUAAGGAAGACGACAAGACUGACGACGAUUUCAUGUUCUCUUCGCACCAGCGUGAUGAGCUUGAUGAGUUCAACCCUGUCUUUGACUCGCCGGCGGCAUCGAAGUCGAACACAAUGGCGUCACAGCAGACACCUACCGGCAAACCACGUGGCGAUGAUAGCUUCAGUGAUUUCGAGCACUUGUCACACAGCUUUGGACAGCCCCAGGCGCCGCAGCCCGCUUCUUCCGCCCAGGACUGGGAUGCCAUCUUCUCCAACCUCGAGUCUUCACAGAACGACAAGCCUGGGCACUCGCAGCAAGCGUCUACAGACUUCAGCAAGUCCAUUUUUGACAACCUUGACAGCGAGAAUGCCGGUGCUUCAUCCUCGAAACAAGGUCAUUUGUCUCCCCACUCACCUCAAAUGCCUCAGUUGGGCCGAGCAAUCAGCAGCGGUACUGAGCACGACGACCCUAUCCUGAAGAAACUCACUGGUAUGGGCUACAGUCGUGACCAGGCAUUGGGUGCUUUGGAGAAGUUUGAUUAUGAUAUCAACAAGGCUACAGACUACUUAGUCUCUGGACAGUAGAUGUUGUCCUCUCACACAUUCGGUGCGACACAUAAUUUAGCACGACGCAAAGUUUCUUUGGUUAUUUGUUGUAUGAGUACAUCUUUUUGCAUGGCUUGCCAUACCCUUGAGCGUCCAAUAUCGUUCUCGCGUUGUGGUAUGCAUUUGUGGCGACUCGACCGCCAGUGGACUCGGCCUUUCCUUGCAUAUAUUCGCAAUAAUCAAUACUCGUUUCCUUUGUCCAACCAGUUGCACAUCAUUUUCCACGUAACGCUUCUGCUGCGCCUUGUUGUGGCGUUA